CGACUUCCUGCGUAGUUGAGCUGCGUGCAUUGUGCAGUUCAGUGUUCACUUCCGAGCUCGCUUUUGCAGCUACCCACUGAAGCCCCAUCCAGUCCCUCCCUCUCCCGCUUACUCUUUCUCUGUCGGAGCCAUUUUCUUAGAAGUUUUCAAUCUUUUUCUCACAUUUCUUUCAAUUUCACUUCAAUGGCUAUCAACAGAGAAUCCACUCCUCCGCCUGUGAUCGGCAAAAUUGGCCCUUACACUGUUUUCGUGACGCCACCUUCUACCCCGAAGCCCUCCGACGCCGUUUUGGACUCGCCGAAGAAGAUUGUGCCUCCGCCGGUUCAGCCUCCGCCUGUUCAGUUGGAGAAGUCCGUCUCUGCGAAUUCUGUAGCAGAUGGGUCUGUUCUGGGGUUUUUCAAGAAUGCUGUAACGAGGGUGCAAACUGCACACUCAAGUUUGGAUGAUCAUUUAGCACGGUGGUUUGGGUUGGAUCAGUCAAAGUACCAAUGGGCACUUGAUGAUUAUUAUGAAAGCAAGGGAGUGGAACAAGGAGAUAUUAAAAUGAAGGAAAUAUCAAGCAAAGUACAGAAUGUUUAAAGCAUAUUGGGCUGGGUUUAUCAGAAAUGAGGUAUAUGAACACCCGUUUUGAGUAUAUUCCUUUAUACGUGCGGACUGGAGCAAUUAAAUUUGGUAUGUCAAAUGGUUCUUUGACCUUCAUCGUCCAUAGAUGUCAUGGUUGAAAUCGAGGGCUCUUUCCCAACUCCAGCGGCCAAGGUUGAUUAUUGCAGUUAGUUGGAUCCUGUAAUUUUGUUAUCAAGUUAUAUAUUAUUCUAGACGGUGGGAUUUUGUAAUUUUAUAAUCAAGUUGUAACCUAGGUCAAUUUUUUGCCCCCCCCCUCCUUCCUUGUUUGUGCCAUGUUUUUGGGUUCUGGACUUAGAUUUGUUGAUGGAUUUGCACUUUAUUGAAAACUAAAAAGGUUAUAGUUGCUUUGUCA